AUGUCGUCCUUUUUCACAAUCCCAGCGUCUCAGCGCAAGCGGAAGAGAGACGAUCGUGUGGUCGCACCUGGGUCAAAGAAGCGCGGAAUUGCAGCAAAGGGAGAUGCUCGAGAGGACGCAUCACGGAGACGAAAAGAGUCCGAGGACGAAUCUAUAUCAGGCAGCGAUCUCGAAGACGACGAGGAUGUUUCAGGAUCUGAACGCUCCGACGAUGCGACUUCAGAAGACUCGGACGAGGGCGAGACAGCAGCAGAGCGAAGAUUGAAGCUUGCGGAAAGAUAUUUGGAAAAUAUUCGUGAGGAAGUUGACGAGGCUGGGUUUGAUGCAGCUGAGAUUGACCGUGAUCUCAUUGCUGAACGAUUGAAAGAGGAUGUCGACGAAGCAAAAGGUCGCAUAUUCCGAAAGAUCGCAUCGCAACUCAACUUCUCUAGUGCUUCACAUUCUUUCUUCCGAGCCGAUACCCAGACAACUACCGCCGUUGCUAUCCAUCCUCCAUUCGCAUACACCGUUUCAAAAGACCGAACCCUGAUCAAGUGGGAACUAAUCUCUCCCAAAACGCCGCAAGCUACACAAAAUAAUACAGAGCGGAAACGGCCAGACCAUUCUGGAAAGAAGAAACCAGUCCAACUGAAAUUCGUCAAGGGUCUGAAGAAAGUUCGGGGGAGCAAGGAACCUCAAGGACAUACUGGAAAUAUCUUGACUCUUGCGGUCUCACCAUCCGGCCGAUAUCUUGCCACGGGAGGUGAAGAUAAGAAACUAAUAAUCUGGGACGCUGAAACGCUCGCUCCAAUGAAAACAUUUACGCAGCAUCGGGACUCUGUCGCGAGUCUCUCGUUUACACGACACAUUUCUUCACAUAGCUCUGGAGAACAAUUGUUCUCCGGCUCAUUUGAUCGUACAAUCAAGACAUGGUCUCUUAGCGCCGGAGGUCAUGCAUACGUUGAGACUCUAUUCGGACAUCAAGAUCACGUUUCCGCGGUAGCAUCGAUGAUGGCAGACCAAUGCGUGAGUGUCGGAGCCCGCGACCGAACAGCCCGUCUAUGGAAAGUCAUUGACGAAACCCAACUCGUGUUCCGUGGCGAAUCAUCCAAGAAGGAAGAAUACCAAAACAAUGCCAUUGACUGCGUGGCUGUUAUACCGCCCACACACUUCGUUACGGGGUCCGAUUCAGGCUCGUUAUCACUGUGGUCUAUCCACAAGAAGAAGCCUCUACAUACCAUCCAACUUGCACAUGGAGUCGAUCCGGUACCGCCCCCAGAAAAAGUAUCGUCUGAAGCAGAUCCUGAGAUCGGGGCUCGCAACACCCGCUUCAUGCGACCCAUGCCGCGAUGGAUUACAGCCUUGAGCACGGUACCCGGUACAGAUAUCGUGCUCAGCGGAAGUUGGGACGGCUGGAUCCGAGCAUGGCGUGUAUCAGACGACAAAAGAACACUCAUCUCCCUCGGCCCCGUAGGCUCCGUCCGAACAACAGCUCAACCGAAACACACAUUCUUCACCAACGGCGAAGACUCCAACCUACCGCAAGAACAACCUACUACAGACACUAUGGAACUCUAUCCUAAACCAGCCACCAAUCUCAAAGAACCACUUCUCAAAGGCGUCGUAAAUAGCAUCGCAGUCUUUGAACGACGACCCGAAACCGCCUCAACAGCCAAGCCUCAAAAGAAGAAUAAAAUAUCAUCCUCGACAAAAGGUCAAGUCUCAAAUACGCGCGGAUUAUGCAUCGUAGCCGCCCUCGGCAAGGAGCAUCGCUACAGUCGCGCCCAACCCUUCGCACAGAACCAUUACACCGGUCCCAGUGCGCAAGGCCGGAAUGGAGCGGUAGUCUUCGAAGUGCCGUUCUUCGAUAAUGUGGAUCAUGACCAGAUAGAAUUGGAGGCUGAGGCGGCUGAAUAA